AUGGCCCCACUGCAGUGGCUAGUAUGCUGGCGGCAUGUCCCGCUCUCAGCAGCCUUACCCCUAAGCCCUGGCUGUGAAAUGAAACGCUCUAGCACUUGCAGGUAUCAUGAAAAAGGUGGGAUGGAAACAGGCCAAAAAGACUUCUGUGGGGGAAACUGCAGCAGAAACAACAGCCUGCAUGGUCAAGUGGGAAGAAAACCUAGAGGCAGGAUUCUAUCCUCCGCAAGCUGUCAGCAUCGCCGAGUGCUGGGGGCCAGUGGCCCUUUGUCCUUCUCACUAGAAACAGGCGGCAGAGCGCUAUGGAAUCUUGGAAAAUCAGGACUCAGAGUUUCUUGCUUGGGUCUUGGAACAUGGGUGACAUUUGGAGGUCAAAUUUCAGAUGAGGUUGCUGAACGGCUGAUGACAAUUGCCUACGAAAGUGGAGUUAAUCUCUUCGAUACUGCCGAAGUCUAUGCUGCUGGAAAGGCUGAAGUGAUUCUGGGGAGCAUCAUCAAGAAGAAAGGCUGGAGGAGGUCCAGCCUGGUCAUAACAACCAAACUCUACUGGGGUGGAAAGGCUGAAACGGAAAGAGGGCUGUCAAGAAAACAUAUUAUCGAAGGACUGAAGGGCUCCCUCCAGAGGCUGCAGCUUGAGUAUGUGGAUGUAGUCUUUGCAAAUCGCCCGGACAGCAACACCCCCAUGGAAGAAAUUGUUCGCGCCAUGACACACGUGAUAAACCAAGGGAUGGCAAUGUACUGGGGGACCUCGAGGUGGAGUGCUAUGGAGAUCAUGGAAGCUUAUUCUGUAGCAAGGCAGUUCAAUAUGAUCCCACCGGUCUGUGAACAAGCUGAGUACCAUCUUUUUCAGAGAGAGAAAGUGGAGGUUCAGCUACCAGAGCUCUACCAUAAAAUAGGAGUUGGAGCAAUGACGUGGUCUCCCCUUGCCUGUGGAAUCAUCUCAGGAAAAUACGGAAAUGGAGUGCCUGAAAGUUCUAGGGCUUCGCUGAAGUGCUACCAGUGGCUGAAGGAAAGAAUUGUAAGUGAAGAAGGGCGAAAACAGCAGAACAAACUGAAAGACCUCUCCCCGAUUGCUGAGCGCCUCGGGUGCACACUACCUCAGCUGGCUGUCGCAUGGUGCCUGAGAAACGAGGGUGUGAGUUCCGUGCUCCUGGGAUCAUCCACUCCCGAACAACUCAUUGAAAACCUCGGUGCCAUUCAGGUUCUCCCAAAGAUGACAUCACACGUGGUAAAUGAGAUCGAUAACAUAUUGCGAAACAAGCCCUACAGCAAAAAGGACUAUAGAUCAUAAAGCAGUGCAUGAGCCACAGGACCCGCAUGGUUACAACUGCAGUCUACACUGGUACAGAACGGUGUUACUAGCCAGUCUUUGGAGUCACUUAGCAGCCUGCUGCUCAACCUCUAGUAUUCCUGGAUUCUGAGGUAUCUGCUGUCGCUACCACUGUGCACCUGAAUAACGAGCACAUCUGAAAACUCACAACCAAGAAAAUCCAUUCUAUUUUCUUAUCUUGGACUGGAGUCACCUACUCUUGCAUUGCUCUGUACACCUCAUGCUUAUGCCAUAGAAAGUAUCUGAGGGGAAGACUUGCCUUCAGGCAUUCGGUAACUUAAAGAAGGCUGUACAGAUCUAUUUUUUCAAAUGAAUAAAAUCCACAGAUGCAAUAUGGAUUGCAUCAGAAAGAGGAGGCUAUGUUCACUCAGUAGUCUUACUCAGGAGAAGAAAACAAUUUUCCUUUUUUUUUUUUUUUCUUUCUAUCUUCACAUUAAGGUUAUCAAGGUUUGUCUCACUUGUCAUUCAACAAAACUUAAAUUCUUAAGUAUCUGCUUCCAUUACCUUUUAAAAAUAUUCACUGUUGCUCGGCCCCAAGAAUGGCCCUGUAUUGUAAUUGACCCAAGGCGUCUCUAUUAAGAUUAUAUUAAUGUUCUGUCCAUUCACACCUAGAGACAGUGAAAGGAUGAACACCCAAUCUUUAACCUGAGACAUGACGGCUAAUUUAUGAAAGGUAGGAUUACACUGCUAUGGAAGCUUAGCUUUGAAUAAAAUGUAACGUAUCUGCAAUUGAAGUGUUCACUUUUGACUACAUUAAAACCUGCUUUACACUUCUGACUGCUUGUAGGCGCAGCUUCUGCAAGUUUAAAUAUUUGAGCUUUAAAAAUAAAUAUACAAAUGCUCAGUUUUUAAAGUAAACCUGUAAAAUACCCACAAAGGCAAAUGUUUGCUGUUUAAUUAACGCUGGGAUUUUACAAUAUGAUGUUGGUGUUUGAGCAGUUAACAUGAAAGUGAAUCACAGACUUUUGUGAAAAAUGCUAUCACUAUUCAGAAUAUGCUGGGUGAAUUAACUUGCCUAGUGAAAAACACAUGUUAAAGAAUUUCCUCAUUCUAGAACCACGUUAUAUGCACUAAACUAAAUGCAUGAAAGCUCUCUGCAUGGAUUAAAGGGGCCUCACCCUGUUGCACACAGAAGUGGAGGUCUAACCUUGCCAUUACUGGUUACCUACCCUAAUGAGUAUGCCACUUGAGAAAAAUUGUGAGACUAUACCGUGUGUACCUGUAAAGAGGGAAAACUUUGGGGGUGGGAUCCUAGCUCUCUAUUUGGACACAGGAGCAUGUACAAAAUUCUAAUUUUCUGGCUAGCCAGUACCCCGUAUAGAAAUCACUCUGACACUUAAAGAUUAUACUAUCAGCUUAAAAUGCUAUUUUCUGUCACCAUUUCCAAAUACGUAUUUCAGGAUUAAGUUCUAAAUCUUAAAGCAUUAGUGUGAAACACCAAUGAAUUUUCUUUUUUGUUACUACUACCUGUAUUCUAAUAAGGAAACAGUUGGGUUUUUGCCCGGAGGUACCAGAUUAAUGAUGGAAAUGGAUCAUCCUUCAGUUGUUCAUUGUGUAUUCAAUCCAGUGAACUACUGUAUGCAUAAAUGAGCUGAAGAUGUCUAAUUGGAACUGCAAUUUGACUUACUUGCUUAGAGUAAUAAAAGUAUUUUGUGCAUUUAAUCUCAA